AUGGACCACACUGUUCAAUAUCCGCUGGGCAUCAAUCGUCAAGAUAUGGUGGGACUAGGCAUCAUAGCAUUGGUCGCCCGCCUUGAUGCUGUUAUCAAGUUCGCCCGGCGUACUGAGGUACCAUUGCUCGAGAGAGAAAAGGGCAUCUACGAGCGCCUCGGGCACGAUCACGAUGGGGUUCUCCGAUAUUAUUGA